CUUUGAGUUUGAUCCCGUAGUGUUUCACUUUGUGCACAUGGACGAGUCUGAGAUCCCCCCUCCUGCUAAACGCGUGUUUCCGCCGUUGUAUGUAUCAACCGGUGACCCGUCCAUCGACAGGCUGGCAUUCUUCCACCUGCUAGAAAGAUUAAAGACUCAAAAGCGCACAGGAUGGGUCGAUAACAAGAUCCCAAAUGCAGAGAGUAUAUCAGAUCACAUGUACCGCAUGGCCGUACUCGCUAUGUGUACAUCUGACAGCGCGCUUGAUGUUUCCAAAUGCGUUAUGAUGGCUGUCGUGCAUGAUCUUGCUGAAGCACAAGUGGGAGACAUUACACCUCGAGAAGGUAUUUCGAAACAGGAGAAACAGCGCCUAGAGGCGGAAGCUAUGCAUAAUUUCGUGCAUGAUAUGCUCCAUGGUUCCCCAGCAGCACUACGGAUUGAAGCUCUCUGGAACGAAUAUGAGGAGGGUGAAACGGACGAAGCAAAGUUCGUCAAAGACCUUGAUAGGCUGGAGAUGGCUCUGCAAGCACGCGAAUACGAAAUGGCGCAUGCGCUGGAUCUUCAGCCAUUUUUCGAUUCCAGUUUGCCUCACUUGCGUCAUGCGGAGAUCAAGCGUUGGGGUGAGAGUUUGGCACAGACCCGUACGCGGUCGCGCUAGCUGGAACUUGUCGAUACGAUCGUUAAACGCAUAGCAUAGUGUUUAUCUUGCCGAUUUCGCCAUUCGUGGAGCGCCUGUGGCUGCAUUGUGCAAUGAAUUUGUGAAGGAAUGCCGUUUCUUGCGUAUAAUUCAAGACGGAAGUUUGGACGGCAGUGUUUCUUCCUGCCUGUAGUGUUUAUGUGAUUUUAUAUCGACUCCCGAGCUCUCAGCUAACUCUAUAUGCGCUUGUAUGAUUGCCUAUACUUAUCAGCCUAGGUCCCACCCCGUUAUGUAUCUGAAUCACCGCAGAUGACCGCACCCAAAGUUACGAGCAAAACCUUCA